AUGAGAUCAGCUUUUGCCAAGCCUGGCGGAGCUGAAGCGGCAGCCGUAACGGCAACGCGCCUCGAAAUGCGCAUUACAAUCUCACGGCUCAAGGGCGUAAAUGCGCAAAUACCAGCAUUACACCGCCUGCCGAAGCCGCCCCUUGGACCCCGCAGACGCGCACACGCAGCUCGUGCGAGCCCCCAAACUUCGGCAGCCGUGGUUCGCACUCUCGGCAUCCCACAGCGGCAAGCUUGGAUCAUCAUCAUCGUCGUGCUCUUGCACGCAUGGUCGAGUCUCCUAGCAGCCACGAGGCUGAGGUCUGGCCUUGGAUGGCCAAACGGCUUUUGCAAGGCGGCCGAACUGCUUCUGCCGUCAGCGCUCGCCACCAUGGAUAGGCUCGCCGCAACCUUCACCCGCCUCAACCGCGACCUUGCCUCGUUCCUUUUCUUCGGCGUCCAUAGCUCGCUGCGUCACGGCAUCCUGCAGCUACUCGCCGUCCACUGGCCAGCGAAUCCUGCCAGCCAGCUCCAACAGACGUCCGCUUCGAGCCGUAGUCCAACCUUGCCGGCACAUAGUGCGGCUCUCCCAUCUAGGCGUCCGGCACAGACCGCGUGGUCUCGACAUUCGCUCUGCUUCGAGCCUUGCCGCCGGCUCGACGCAGUAGCGCGCAAGUCUUCGAUAGACGCCUUGCAUCCGACUACCACUCCGCUCGAUCUGCGCGCUUUCCGAUUCAUAUACACCACCUCGUCGAGUGCAAGCCGCCAUGUCGUCGUGAUCCCUGCGGCCAACCCGGUCUACAGCGCUCACCUCAAUCGCGCAUCUUGA